UUUUUAUAAGUAAUGAAAAUUCAAUUCCUAUUGGUAUGCAUUGUUCUUGCAUCCACUUAAUCUUCAUUCCUUGAAGAAUCCAUAAUAAAUAGAUCAUUUGCUCCUAUGUCUAAUAUAUUCUUAGAAAAAUCAACUGAUCCAACUUAAUAAUAAUUAGAAACAGCUACACCUCCAGAAACUCUUCAAACAACUUCACUAGAUAGCUACAUUAAUGCACAACUAUAAUAAUAAAUUCUUAUUGCUUAACAAUAUGAGUCAAAUCUACCAGCUGAAGGUGAUUGCAUUAUUCUUUAUGGAGAAUGUGAUUACAAAGGACCCUCUUUUAAAUAUUGUGAUUAACCAGGAGAAUACAUCAAAUUUGAAAUCCCUGUUCACUCUGUCUAUAUACCAAUUGGGUAAAUCUAUGAUUUAUUUUAGAAUGUCACUCAAAAUUAAAGAUUCCCUCUAUGGAAACAAACUUAAUUUAAUUUAUAGUCAUGAAUGUAUCUCAGAAGGAAUUCACAUCCCAGAACCUAAAAUUUAUGAAGAUCAUCCAAAUGAAUGGUUUGGUGAAAUUAAAGAAUCAGAUAAAGCUGUUCUUGAUAAUGGAGAACUUGCCACUCCAUAAAUUAAAUAUUAUGAUAAUGAUGGUAAUGUCAUAUGUAAAAAUUUAUUAACUUAUCAAUUUAGCUAAAGAAGCUUAUCAAAAAUUGAUCGAAGCUGAUUUAUAAAAAUCACAUGAUUUCUAUCUGGGAAUUGUUGAAUAACCAUAGUAUUCUACACCUUAAUCAGCAUAAUCAACAGAAUCUAAUGAAUGAUAUAUUUGCAUAAUAUCCAU